AUGUGUGGUAUUGGAGCUCGUUUUUUAUUUCCUUCAUCAUCAUCGGAUGAGGGCUACAAUCAGUCGGCAUCAUCAAGCUCUUCUUCCGAACAUCAUAUUUCUCGGUGCAAUGAUCAUCAGAACAUGCCAUUAGAAAAAUUACACUUUUUACUGCAAUAUGGAAAAUUACAAGACAAUGAGAACAGUGAUAGAACAACCAAUGAAUUGGUUGAUUCAAUCAACGAAGAACAACAUCAAGAUUUAAAUAAUGAUGAUGCUGAUGAUGGAAGAAAUGAAAGUAUUAAUGAAAAGAUGGAAAAGAUACGUAGUAUAGGAUUUCAAUCCUUGUGCUGCAAAAUUUCAGAGCCAAGUACUCGUGAACCAAUCAUGGUAGAUGCAUCAUCCACAACAACAACAAACACGACUUUGGAACUACAAUCUCUUGUGGAGAGUAUUUCAAAAGCAAUUUCAUCUCGAGGUCCGGAUGCCACAAAUGAUAAAACCCUUUCGUUCCGAAACGAUUCUCAAGAACAAAUUCAAGUAACUCUUAUUGCCAGUUUAUUGGCAUUGAGAGGAGAUCGUCCAUUUCCACAACCGGUUUCAAUGAAUCAUGGUAAUGAUACACACUGGUUAAUUUGGAAUGGCGAAAUAUUUGGUAAUGAAUAUUUCAGAGAAUGUGUCAUUGAACAUGGAAAUGAUACUAUAUGUUUAUUGAAUCAUUUAGUGAAUUGUAGUAAUGAAACUGAAGUUUUGAAUACUUUUGCAAAUAUUGAGGGACCUUUUGGAUUUGUUUAUGUAAAUACGACUGAUAAUUAUUUAUUAUUCGGAAGGGACAUUUUGGGACGAAGAAGUUUAUUGUACUGCGUGAACGAAAGCGGAAAUGAACUGGUUCUUUCUAGUGUAGCAUGUCACAUUCCUGGAUUUUCACAAUGGAGAUCUAUUGGAGUGAAUGGAAUUUUCAAACUUUCUCUCAAGCCAAAUCAAUCAUUGCAAGACUCGUUAGAACUCAUCGAAUGGAACGACGUUUACACUAGAACUCUCAAAAAACCUCUAAUUUCAGAUCGCCACCUGAUUAAGCCACCAACUAGUUCAGAACAAGAAUCUUUGCUUGUGAUUGACUCUGACACGUAUGAGCAUGUCGUUGAUGAAUUUAUUGAACAUCUCUCGAAAGCAGUGCAAAAACGAGUGACAAAUAUUUAUGACAAUACUCUAGAGCAUGAUGAAACAACGCCAAAAGUGUGUGUUCUUUUUUCAGGCGGUAUUGACUCUGUCAUUCUCACAGCAUUGACCCAUUUGAAUUUACUAGACAAUGAGAAAAUGUCGAUUGAUUUACUCAAUGUUUCAUUUGGUACCAAUCACCAACAACAAAGUCAAUCUGCAGACAGAAAACAAGCCAUUGAAGCUUGGGAGGAAUUAAGCAAAUUGUAUCCAAGUAGAAAUUUUCGACUCGUACUCAUUGAUGUGGACUCUACUGAGCUCGAUCUUCAUCGUAAAACUAUUGAAAAACUGAUAUAUCCUCAAAAUACUGUAAUUGAUUUUAACAUUGGAUCAGCGUUGUGGUUUGCAUCGAGAGGUCAUGGAUAUAUUUACAACCCAUUAUCAUCCAGAGAUUCCAAAGUUUCUUACACAUCACCAGCUCGUGUCAUUUUAUGUGGAAUAGGCUCUGAUGAACAGUUAGGUGGCUACAAACGACAUUUCAAGAAAUUCAAAAGAGAAGGUUGGAUUGGUCUUAAUAAUGAAAUGGAUAUGGAUGUUAAGAGAUUAUGGAUUCGAAAUUUGGGGCGUGAUGAUCGAGUUAUUAGCGAUCAUGGAAGAGAGUCGAGAAAUCCUUUCCUAGAUGAACCUUUCAUUAAUUUUGUGAGAGAGCAACCACUGUGGUAUUUGGCAGACUUUACAACGAAUAAUGUUGAAGUAUCUUCAGAGUUAUUGCCUGGUGACAAGAAAUUACUAAGGAGAGCUGCUCAAAAAUUGGGCUUGAAACGAUCAUGUAUGUAUGUGAAACGUGCCAUGCAAUUUGGUUCCAAUGUGGCAAAGAUAUCCUAUCGAAAACAACAUGCAGAUACCAAGAUCGAUAUUGAUUACUGA